GUUCAUGGCAGCUGCCAGCCAGUUCACACAACUCUUCCCUGAGAUAAGUAUUCAGUGACAUUCUGCUAUUUUUUUUUUCCAGCGGGCGUUGAGCAGGCCGGUUUUUCACUUCCUUUUUACUCCUUUUAGCACUUGCACUCUUGCAUUCUUGCACAAUCUUCAACUUUUGAAGCGUUGUGGCUGAUUUUACUGCACUGAGCAUCGCCAUUCUUCUCACACCACCAUCGUUCAACCCUUCAAUCCCCAGUGCAUAUCACCAUCCUAGAGACAGCAGCAUCGCCCAUCAUGUGCACCGGCAUCAUCGGUCAGUGCCAGUGCUUCAGUUGCAUGGACCUUCCUACGCCUGGCAAGGUUCUGCGCAUCGAUUUCUGCCCCACGCGGCAGGAUGAACUCGUCGGCGUCUGGACUCCCUUCUCGCCCCAGACCGGAAAGCUCACUCCGUGCUCCAACCUGACCUUUGACCGCGUGCGCGACCCACUCUCAUGUCAUUUCAGAAACAUGGACGUUAACCAGGGCACCACGGCAAAAGCAGUCACUCACACCGACACCAAGCUGAAGCGGCCUGAAGACGUUCAGAAGGAGGAAUCACUCAAAGACGCUGCCAAUCACGCCCUCUCUCUGGGCUCAGCUUCCAAACCCAUCGAGAACGACCCUGUUGGGGCCGAGGUGGAAAUUCAUUUCACGCCCAUUAAUGCUGCCGCAGUUGCGAAACAUGCUUCUGCGACCACAAACGAGGACAAACCCGGAGCGAUCAAAGCCAUGCCCACUUUCGAUUACAACGACCUGGACAAGACAGACAAGGCAGACAACAUUGACAAAGCCGGCCACAUGAACACAAUGGACAAUGAUCCUCACGCCACCGCCUAUGAGAGCAACACCGAGAGCAAUACCGAGAACGACAAGAUGGACAUCGACGAUGCGCCUUCUGCGGCCGCGGACCCCGGCGCCGGUUCUUCCCACGAAACUUCCACCAACCCGACCGACAAACGGACCGUCACCAACGUUUCCGCUGCUAGCGCUGGCUCCGUUCAAGAGACUCUCUCCAAGCAGACGGCUAGCGCCACUAACACCAGCGGCUCCCUUACGCCCUCGAGCCGCAAGCGCCUCCCCGACAGCCGCCCGCGCACUCCGGCCGUUGCUGAGGCCGCCGCCAGUGUAACGCGAAACAACGGCCAGUGGACGCACGAAGAGACGGUGAAGUUGCUGCUGCUGCGGGCUAAAGCGGUGGCGUUUGAGGGUAUAGCUGAGUACCUCCCUGGAUGGGACGCUGCGGCGUGUGAGAAGCGACUUUCCGAGCUCGCGGGCAAGCAUGGGUUUAAGGCUUUUAUUUGAGGAAGGACCCCAAGGGGGUCCUUGGAGAACUGCCGUUGCCGGGUUGGCUGGAUCCGACAGGAUCGGCAGAGGGGAGAUACUAUCGCCGCUGCUGUGAUGGUUGGAUUACGUGGUCGGUCCUGAGAUAGAGACCUUCCAGGUUAUUAGAUGCCCGGGCGAUCACCCGGGACGGGCAACACGCCUAAAGAUACGGCAAUAGGAGAUCCUG